UCAUGGGUUGUUGCAACUCAUCGCCUUCCAUGGAAGAUCCUCCUCCUCCACAGAAUGUUCAUCAAAACCAUGGAGGAAGUGAUUCACAAAUAACAAAGUUUUCCUUCUCCGAUCUAAACAAGGCCACCGAAAAUUUUUGUUUGAAAAAUAUCGUUUCAGAGAACGGAGGGGAAACCUCUGAUAUCGUCUACAAGGGGCGUUUCCAUAACGGUGGCUUCAUUGCUGUUAAGAAAUUUACGAAUAUGGCUUGGUCCGAUCCUUACCAAUUUGUGGAGGAGGCACAUAGAGUUGGGAAGUUAAGGCACAACAGUGUAGUAAAUUUGAUUGGAUAUUGCUGUGAUGGAAAUGAAAGGCUUCUUGUCGCAGCUUUCAUGCCAAAUGAUACUCUUGCUAAGCGUUUGUUCCAUCGGAAAAUUCAAACCAUGGAGUGGGAAAUGCGGCUGAGAGUAGCUUUUUGCGUAGCUCAAGCAUUGGAUUAUUGUAGUGGUGGAGGCUUUACAUCUUACAAUAAUUUAAGUGCUUACUCGGUUCUUUUUAAUGAGGAUGGUGAUGCUUGUCUAUCCUGUUUUGGGUUGAUGAAGGAGUUCAAAGAUGAUCAAAGAACAACCGGAAGUGUGAACUCUGAAAGUUUGAUAUUUAGAUUUGGUACUCUCCUUGUGAAUUUGCUAAGUGGAAAGCAUACUCCUCCAAGCCAUGCUCCUGAAAUGAUACAUUGCAAGAGUGUUGUUGAGCUGAUUGAUCCAAACUUGAAGGGAAAGUUCUCUGCCGAAGAAGCUACCAUAAUUUUCAAACUCGCUUCUCAAUGUUUGCAGUACGAGGAUAUAGAGAGCCUAAAUACAAAAGACCUUGUUACAACUUUUGAAACCUUGCACACUAAAACAAAUGCCUCAUCUUAUGUACUGCCUGAAAUGGCAAAGCGUAGAGAUGUAUCUUUGAAUCAACUUUCGACCCUAGGAGAUGCCUGUUUGAAAUUGGACCUCAAAGCUAUUCAUAAAAUCUUGGUGAUGGCAGAAGAUGACAAGGAACUCGUCGAGUUAUCUUUCGAAGAAUGGUUAGAAGAGGUAAAAGAUAUUCAAGAAGUUCGAAAACGCGGUGAUCAAGCCUUCCUAGAGCAAGACUUCGAAACUGCCAUUGACUGUUACUCCCAGUUAAUUGAAUUUAGAAGAAUGGUGUACCCAAGUGUUUAUGCUAGGCGUUGUCUAUGUUAUUUAUUCUGCAAUCAACCAGAUCGAGCACUUAAAGAUGGGAUGGUUGCACAACAACUAUUCCCUGAUUGGCCAACUGCCUUCUAUUUGCAGUCUGUGGCACUAUCCAAAUUAAACAUGAUCACUGAUUCUGCUGAUACUUUGAAAGAAGCAACUCUUCUUGAAGCAACGAGACAGCACCAGGAGGAAGAAUCUUGA